AGGGUCUAACUAAUUUAGCAAGCAUGGCACGACCUCCUGGCGCCGACGAUGAGUAUGCAGAGCUGCAGAAGAGAUUUCAAAUGUUGGAGAACGACCGCAAGUCGCUGUUUGAACACACACAACUUGAGGUCAAGAAGAACAAAGAAGCACUCGCGAAGCUCAAGAAAGAGAACAAAGAGCUCCGGUCAACUCUAUCAGGGCUGAUGAGUGAUCAAGGGAAGUCGUCGGGAAAGGAUUCAGAGAUCGGCAAGCUGGAGCAACAGGUGCAAGAGCUCCGGAGGAGGCACGACGACGUUCGUCACCAGUGUCAGUUCCGUCAGAAGGAGCUGCAGUCUCUGCAAGACAAGCUGAAGGAUCUGGAGAAGGAGAUGGCGAAGCUUCAGGACGAUGACACUCCGUUGACCCGCAACAUCAGGACGCUAGAGAACCGCCUUGACAAGGCGAUGAUCAAGUACAACGAAGCUCAGUCCAUCCGCAAGACUUACGAGCAGAUCGUGAAGCGUCUCAAGGAAGAGAGGAUUGGGUUCGACAACCAGCUGGCAGCGAUAGAGCGCACACUGAAAGCGAAGGAGAAGGAUCUAGAGGAGCUGGUGCUCAUGUCUCAUGAUGCGCAGCACGCCAAGGAGGUGGCCAAGGCAGAGCUGCUGAAGCUAGAGCAUCAGCUGAUGGAGGAGAAGAAGCAGCGAGAGAAGGAGCUGGCAGAUCGCCGAGCCCUGGUGCAGCAGAAGGUUGAGAUGAACCAGCGACUGGAGAAGAGAGACAAGAUGAGACGAGAGAUGCAGCUGGUGGAGGGAGGAGAGCAAGCGGAUCCCAGUGAGUCGAACAUGAAGAAGACGCUGUUCAGCACGGCAUUCCACUCUGCUCUCAACGAGCAUGUGCUCGAAGAAGAGCAGAAGAAGAUCACAACCUACGAGGAGGCUUUCCGCAAGAUUAAGGACGCCACCGGAGUGUCAGACGUUAACGAAGUGAUUCAAAAGUUCCUGACUCAGGAUGAGACUCACAGCAACCUCGUGGUCAUGACCAAGGAGGCUCAGGCGAGGAUCGACGCGUUGAACGAGGAGAAGGCUCAAGCGAAAGCCAAGGUAGAGGAGAUCAAGUACAGCGGGACGGGAUCGCUGGGGUCCAGAAGGAUUGUUGACGAGUUUGAAAGUCACCUGUCGGAAGCGAACAGCAAGUGCGAACGGAACAAGCAGAAGUACGAGAGAAUCGCUAAGAUUCUCAUCAACGUCAAGUCUGGGGUGGAGCAUCUCGCUGACAAGCUGGAACCGAUCCAAGUAGAUCAGGAGGCUGUCGUGAUGACAGACUCCACGGUGGUCGAGGUUCUGGCUCAGUGCGAAGCCAAGUUGAUGAGGUUGAUGGACAUAGUGGAAGGAGAUCAGCAGUCGGCUCAGCAGGUGGAUUCUCACGCUCAGGACAAGCUGCUUGCAUCUCAGGAGGUUGAAAUGCCCGCGUACAACAUCCGCAUCCAGAUCCCUCAUGAUGCGGACGACGACAGCGGGGACGAUGAGGUGGAAGAUGAUGACCAGGAAGACGUUCCGGAUCGCGAUCAGGUCAAGAAGUAUUCAUCACUCAUGCUCGAGAAGGCCAACAAGAAGCAGAAGCGCCAGAGGAAGCGGAAGGUUGGAGGUGAGGGAAGCGCCAAGGGCACCAAGAGCGGCGUGAAGAGACCGGAAAUGGCUUGAACUGUAAAGUUUGACAUGAAUGUAGAAAGCUCC